AUGACUUCACUUUAUAUUAUUUUAACAAAGGAUACAACAACUGUUCCCUUUUCUACAGGUGUCAUCUUUGCACCUUUCGACGUUAAACCAGGACACAUAAUGUUAGCCCCACUAAGAACGAACCGGAUAGCACCUUUAUCAACUUGUUGCAUUGGUUAUAGGGCCAGCAGAAUUAUGUUGCAAAGUUUCUGAAGGAUUACAUGAAAGUGCAAAGGAAAGGAAAUGGCAUAUUGUUGUACAUCAGUGUGAACUUGUUGAUAAAAUCAUACAAUCGAAUUUAACACUAGGUGUAGAUUUCAUUAUUUUUGUUUUUGAUUGGACUACUCAAUCUUUAUCUGAAGUAGAAACAAAUAUAAGUCUCAUAGAUGAACAUUACAUAAUUUCUGGAGCUGCAUGCCUUGUGAAUUGCAGAGGAAUUUCAAAUAUUAUGGGCUUGACUUUCCAUAAAUCAGCAAAAAUACGAGAGAAAUACAACAUUAGAUUUUUAUCAGCUAAUGUUUUUGUAAGUUAUAUAUGUAGAUUCUCUUUUCCUUUUGUAGUUUAUAAGUAUUUUAUUAUAUUAAUUUUUAUAUUUCUUCCAGAAACCACACAUUUGUAUACAAUUAGGUAAUAGAAUAUUGAAUUUAGUAGAAACUAUAUUGGGCAUAACAAGUGGAAUUCCUACUAUUGGGAUAUAA